CUAAUUAUCUAUACAACUGCAUUCCAGAGGCUCUCAGUCUAUCAUCAUUGUCAUUCAACUUACUUCCUAUUCGCCUGAUAACGAGCGAGGCCAAAUCAACUACGCACCAAACCAAAAUCAAACCACUAAAUCGCAGAAGUAUUAGCAGGAACACUCCUGUUUUAUAAUCAAAUCAAUCACAAGACAUGGCCGAAACAUUUGCUACACCUUCGUACUCUGUUGAGAACUAUGCUAGCUACAGGCCAUCAUAUCCACCUGAGUUAUACCAGGCGAUUAUGGACUAUCAUCAAGCUUCGGGAGACCUGGCGAUUGAUUUGGGUUGCGGAACAGGCAUCGUCAGCGCUGAGCUUGUCCGUCAAGGACGCUUCGAUCGCGUGGUAGGAGUUGACCCUUCGAAACCCAUGUUGGAGUACGCCAAGAAGAUGAUCACCAACGCUGAAUUUGUCCAUGGACGUGCGGAGUCCCUUCCUUGGAUCACGAAUAAUUCCGUCGACUUAUUGGUGGCUGGUACUUCCGCCCACUGGUUUGAUACCACUUGGUGGAAAGAAGCGGGGCGCGUUUUAAAGCCUCAGGGCACCUUGGCGGUUUUCAUCUACGGAGGCUUGUGGCCCGAUCCAGGUCACCAAUGUGCAGAGGAGCUUCGAGCAACAAUGUUUUCAUUUGCAGAAGAGCUUGGAUUUUCUUCCAUUGGCAACCGUAUUUGCCAUCAUAUGUAUGACGAACUGCCCCUUCCCGAUUUGACCGACAAGGGCAACUUAGGAGAUUUCCAAAGGAUUGAUUGGAAUCGACAUGGACUCGGGGAUCGGCUGGUGAUGGCGGAUCGGAUAAAACUGAGAGCAUGGAGAGAACGUGCCCGUACUUAUGGCCCGGCCCAUCGAUGGCAAAUUGAAAACCCGACUAAGAUAGGGGAUAAAAUUCUAGACCCGGUGGAAAAGACUCUCACAACCAUGAUGUCAAUUCUUGAGACUGAAGACGAAGAGAUGGAGAUCGUGUGUGGUCACUCGUUGUCAUUACUCUUAUUCCGCCGACGGGCCGUCUGUACCGAAUAACGGUAGGUUUGAUUGGAUGGAACUGUAUGUGGCAACAGCGAUGGCAUUCAGCUUUCAACGCCACCCAUUCCCAAACUCCAAAUGAUUCUUGACCCCAAAUAUUAGCACAGCGUUUCAUGAGUUUUUUUUUUCUAAUUUCAUUAAUUAUGAUUCCUUUUUCUACGAUAGAAAACAAUAGAGCAAAAUAUAUUAUUGUAAUCUUUACUGCCUGAUCCCUAGAUAAUGCCACAGUCAGAAGAAGAGCCGGUAGUGAGAUCAUCACUCCCAAAUAUAAUCUUCAGCUAAAGCAUCAGUACGCGCUCUCAGACGAUUCAAAGUAGCUACGAGCACGGGUGAAAUGUAGUCACCUGCGGAUGUUUACAAUUUGCUAAGUUGGAGCCGCAAUUAAUAGUAGCAUCAGCUCUGUUUGAAUCCUGUCUUUGUUAUCCCUUUUGACUCCAAGAUCAAAAUACUUUUUCAGCGAUCACUUCUUAUUAACUUAAUGCUCUUCCUCCAAUCUUUCUCAAAGUAACAAUAAGGCCCCAGUGGGGAUUGUCAUAAAUUCAGGUGUAAUAUUGCCUGAUUAUUCAAUCUACAUAUAACUAA